CUGGGCUGCCGUGCCGGGGCUUGGCCGUGCGUGGGGCUCCCCAGUGUGGCUGCAGUGCUGUCGCCAAGAGGAAUGCUGAAACGAAGGGGCUAAUGAGCACCAGAGAGGGAGGAUCUAUAACUUCCAGAUGGCGACGAGCCCAUAAUCCCUUUGGGAAGAAUUAGGAACUCAUCAGCGCAGCAGAGCCUGGCGAGGGGAGCAAAGCACGACACCUCCGGCGCUGGGAGUGCUGUGAGAGGCUGAGGGCAUCCUGAUGCCGACUGCACUGGCCGCCCUGCCCCGAGCCGCCUGGCUUUGUCUCACAGAGCCCUGGUGCUGCCAGGAGCCUGUCCUCGAGCGCUGAACUAUUUCUCGUUUUAAUUGAUCGCAUGUUCUCCAACCAAACCCUAUCCAGGUCCUGCUCCUCCCAACUCAGAAAGGGACUUCUGCCCUUAACAGAGACUUCUUCCGUCUGGUUUUUAUGUCCCGUGGGAUUGUAAAGCAUCUUUCUUACUGGAUUUCAUCUCCCAUCAAAGUGUGUUUUGAGGAAUUACGGGCUUAUUCCUAUGGCUUUAUAAACCACCGGGAUCCGAGGGUCUCUGCCUUCCGUACUGCCACUGCUCCCACCUGUCUGCGAUGGGGCGAGAGCAGGAGCUGAUCCAGGCUGUGAAGAACGGGGACGUACCCAGCGUGCAGAAACUGGUGGCCAAGAUCAAGGCAUCCAAGAGCAAGCUCCUGGGAUCUGCCAAGCGCCUGAACGUGAACUACCAGGAUGCGGACGGGUUCUCGGCGCUGCACCACGCAGCCCUGGGCGGCAGCCUGGACCUCAUCUCGCUGCUGCUGGAGGCACAGGCCACCGUCGACAUCAAGGACAGCAAUGGGAUGCGGCCCUUGCACUACGCGGCCUGGCAGGGGCGCGUGGAGCCAGUGCGGGUGCUGCUGCGUGCUGCUGCCUCCGUCAAUAUGGCCUCGCUGGAUGGGCAGAUCCCGCUGCACCUCUCGGCACAGUACGGCCACUACGAGGUGUCGGAGAUGCUGCUCCAGCACCAGUCCAACCCCUGCCUCAUCAACAAGGCGAAGAAAACCCCCCUGGACCUGGCCUGCGAGUUUGGGCGGCUGAAGGUGGCCCAGCUGCUGCUGAACAGCCAUCUGUGUGUCGCCCUCCUGGAGGGACAGUCCAAGGAUGCCACCGACCCCAACUACACCACCCCGCUGCACCUGGCAGCCAAGAACGGGCACAAGGAGAUCAUCAGGCAGCUGCUGAAGGCUGGGAUCGAGAUCAACAAGCAGACGAAGACAGGCACAGCCCUGCACGAGGCUGCGCUCUACGGCAAAACGGAGGUGGUACGGUUGCUGCUGGAGGGCGGCGUUGAUGUGAACAUCAGGAAUACCUACAACCAGACGGCACUGGACAUCGUGAACCAGUUCACCACCUCGCACGCCAGCAAGGACAUCAAGCAGCUGCUGAGAGAGGCAUCAGGAAUCCUGAAGGUCCGAGCUUUGAAGGAUUUUUGGAACCUCCACGACCCAACUGCUCUCAAUGUCCGGGCAGGAGAUGUCAUCACGGUCCUGGAGCAACAUCCAGAUGGGCGAUGGAAGGGGCACAUCCACGACGCUCAGAAAGGCACUGACCGCGUCGGGUACUUCCCCCCCUCCAUCGCUGAAGUCAUCAGCAAGCGAACAGGCAUGGUUGUCCCCCGCGUGGCACCCGCGCACCAGCGCCAGGGUCCCCCCGGGGCUCCUGGCCCCCCCGGCGGGCUGCAGCACCUCCCCGACGAGUGUCCUCACCAGGCAGCCCCGAGCAUCCCAGCGGCCUAUGGCCACCUCACCCUAACCCGGACGGCCCCGGGCCCUGACAGCUCAGCAGGAGACAGGAACAGUGUGGGCAGCGAGGGCAGCAUCGGGAGCAUCCGCAGUGCCGGCAGCGGCCAAAGCACCGAGGGCACCAACGGGCAGAGCACCAGCAUCCUCAUCGAGAACACCAGGCCGCUGCCCUCCGCCAGCGACAACCUCCAGCAACACCUUUUGGGAUCGGAGCCGCACAAUGGGCAGUUGACCUCCCCAGCAGGGCCACCGAGCCACCAGGCCCCAGGCAGCUUCCCCCCUGGAGACAGGGUCUUCUCCCACCAGUUCUUGCGGCCUGAGCAGCUCCUCGAGGGGAAGGACGCAGAAGCCAUUUACAACUGGCUGAGUGAGUUCCAGCUGGAGUCGUACACUGCCAACUUCCUCAACGCAGGCUACGACGUCCCCACCAUCAGCCGCAUGACCCCGGAGGAUCUGACAGCCAUCGGCGUGACCAAGCCGGGCCACAGGAAGAAGAUCUCCACCGAGAUCGGGCAGCUCAGCAUCGCCGAGUGGCUGCCCAACUACAUCCCGGCUGACCUGAUGGACUGGCUCAGUGCCAUCGGAUUGCCCCAGUACCACAAAAAGCUGGUGAACAAUGGCUAUGACUCCAUCACCAUUGUCACAGACCUGACAUGGGAGGAUCUGCAAGAGAUCGGCAUCAACAAGCUGGGCCACCAGAAGAAGAUCAUGUUGGCUGUCAAGAAGCUCAGAGACCUCCGCAAAAGCCUCAACCAAGCAGAAGCAACUCUGGCAAGACGCAAAGUCCCCGGUGCCCUGGACAUUGUCACCAUCGAGUCACUGGAGAAUGGGGAGUGCCAGUCCCCACACACCCCCAAAAUGAUGACCUUCCAGGACAGUGAGCUCAGCUACGAGCUCCAGACAGCCAUGUCCAACAGCUGCCACGAGACGCUCGGCAUCAAGAGCAGCCAAGGGAUGUCACGGAGCCAGGAGAGCAUCGGGGUGCGGUCCCGGGGCUCAGGGCACUCGCAGGACAAUGUGCUGUCCCGGCACCUCUCCAGCCCCUCGCAGGAGAGCCUGGGCAGCGGGGAGAGCAGCAGCAGCAGUGGGCAGUCCUGCGUACCGCCCCGCAGCAAGGAGAGCCCGGCCAGCCUGCCGGGACAGCCCAGUCCUGAGCCCUACGGGAAGCUCGUCUCCCCUGAGGGCCUGAACGGCUAUGCCAACGGCGGCGGGGGCAGCCCUCUCAAGGAGAGGAACCUGCCCGAAGGCACGGAUCAGUAUGCCCGGCCGGCAGCUCAGAAAGGUGCCGGGACACCAGCAGUCACCCCCUGUACUCCUCCCCAGACCCCCAGCAAAGCAACAGCCCCAUACGUCUUCAUGUACCCACAUGUCUCCUUGAAAUCCCCGACGGUCCCUUCCCUCCUGGGAGCAGAGCAGCCCAAGACCCUGGCACACCCGUACCCCUCCAUCUCCCCUGGACAGAAGAGCAGUCUGCAGACGUCGGCCCAAAAAGCCUUCAACUAUCUGCACAGCCAGUGUGGCCCCACAGAGCCGCCCGCCACGUCACCCACAGCUGGGGCGGCGCCAGGCGCCUGGCAGGCCGGGGAGCAGCACAGCGGGGGUGAAGGCUUCAAGUACAAGAAGCGUUCACACAGCCUGAACCGCUACGCGCUGUCGGACGGGGAGCACGAGGAGGAGGAGGGGGUGCCCACCAGCACCCUGGGCUCCUACGCCACCCUGACGCGGCGGCCGGGCCGCAGCCAGAUGCCGCGGGCCUGUGUGCAGGCGGAUGCCAAGGUGACCCGCAGCCAGUCCUUUGCCAUCCGGGCCAAGCGCAAGGGCCCUCCGCCGCCGCCUCCCAAGCGCCUCAGCUCCGUCUCCAGUGCCCUCGCUGCUGAGGCAGACGGCGAGCAGCCCCCUGACCCUGAGCGGCAGCCCGCAGCCCCCCAGGAUGUGGCCGACACGGUCGCCAGCCCUGGUGACACCGGCUGCGGCAGGACGGUGAAGAGCCUGGCGGCUGCGCUAGAGGGGACCCCGGGGGCGAGUCCACCCAAGCCCCUCCUGGCCCCAAAACCCCUGCACGUGGCUCAGGACUGUCUCCCCAGGGCAGAUGUGGAUGAUGAGUCCUAUGAUGGUGGUGACAGCAGCAGCAGCACGCUUUCUGAUGCCAGCAGGGACCCCUUCGAGAGCAGCAAGCCACGGAGACGGACAUUCAGUGAGCCCAGCGCUCCCAUGACAGAGGUGGCCGCACAGGGUGGGCGGGAGGACGCCUGCUCAGACACGGAGGAGGAGUCCAAGCCAGGGGUCUCCUCCUCAUCCUCCCAGAACAGCUCCAGUGAGUGCAUCCCCUUUGCAGAAGAAGGCAACUUAACCAUCAAACAGCGGCCAAAGCCCACGGGGCACCCCAAGGCUGACACAGCUGUACUGGACACAGAGCCCAGUUCCCAGCCAGUGGAGCCCCCCUGCUCCACUGGGAAGGAACCAGCUCUGCCCACUGCUGCCAAGGAGCUGCCUGUGCUGGAGUUCAACCUCACUGAGUCGGACACGGUGAAGCGCCGGCCCCGCUUCAGGGAGCGGGAGCCGCUGCAGGCGGUGCUGAAGGCGUUCAGCAUGGCAGGGCAGGAUGAAGCAGGGGCCAGCCCAGCACCCCAGUAUGCCCAGGCCCAAGCAGUGAGCAUCGCGGGCCCCGCCGUGCCGGCACCAGCACCACGAGCCGGGAUGGCCGGGGAUGCCUUUGACGACGACAGUGUGGAGUUCAGGAUUGCUGAGAUAGAGAAAAGCAUCUUGUCUCUGGAGAAGGGAAUCAAGAAGGCACCGAGUCCCACGAAAGCCCCCAGCCCCACGGAGCUGCUCGGCACCGCCGUGGUGAGGACGCCCGCUCCAGAUGUCCCUGCCAAGCACACCUCUGUGGCAUCCACCAAGCUAGUCUUCUCCGGGCCCAAAACCAUCUACCAGCAGGUCCUGCAGCCCUCCCGCCACACCGUUGCUCCCUGGGCGGCCACUGAGGCGGUGCCAGAUGUGAUCGGGUCCCUGGCCGGUCCUGGCUCACUGGCGCUGGAGGCGGGCAAGGUGUUGGCCAAGCCUUUGGCAACUGCCCCGGGCGCCGCCCUGGUCCAGCAGCGGCUGGAGCAGACCAACUCCACCCUGGCUGCUGCGCUACAGGUGGCCGAGAAGAAGAUCACGGUGGAGGAGGCGGAGAGCCACCCCGGGGCCGUGCAUUCAGCCAAGAACAUCCUGGAAGACAUCAGCAACAUGUUUGAUGACCUGGCGGACCAGCUGGACGCGAUGCUGGACUGAGACUUGCUCCCUCCUUCCCCUCCCCGCCUCCGGCUGCUCCGCCAGUGCCCGUCGUGACGGGGGGAGAGUGGACCUGGCACCGAGCGGUACCUCCAGGUCUCUCCAGCCGCCUCCCUCCCCGCACUUUGCACUGCGGCUGGGAACGCAGCCGCCCCUCCUUGCUCGCUCCUGGCUCCGUACCACACGUGCCAGCGUGGCUGCGGGCUGGUUUCCGAGGGGGUCAGGCGUUUCCCACCAGACUGGCAGCAGGAGGAGAGCCCAGAGGGGCUGCACAGGCAGUCCUGGUGGCCGCGGAGAAGCCCUCACUCCCUUGCACAGAGCUGAGGAGCCUCCACAAGGGACCUUUCUCUUUCCCUGCUGCAUUGCUGAGUCCUGCCUCUUAUUAUUUAUCCCCUGCCAACAAUGUGUCAAAGGAGAGACCUCCCCGGGCAGCCGCCACCGAGCUGGCUAUUUACUGAGCAGAUCCCAGCCCCAGCAAGGCCUGACAGCAGCUAAAAGAAGACAGGGCUUGUCGCAAUUUGGCAGCUUGCGGAGCGAGAAGGAACCUUUCUGCUUUAUUUGUUGCUUUUCCAAACGCGUUAGCGUCAGGCAGCGUGUAAUCCAAGUGGAUCGAAAUCCCUCCGGUGGGACCCACAAACGCGAGACGGGGCUGGCACAGCCUGCGAAGCAGCGGAUGCUCCACCACAGCCCUGCUGGACAUGGAGCUCUGCCUGCCCCCUCCCCAGCCAUGAGGAUGGUGAUGGCAGCGCCGAAGGCCUGGGCAUUUGUGCCAGGCUGGCUGGAUCAUGUUACUAAAUGGAGGCUGCCCUCUGCCGACACGGUGCCUACACAAGCCACCACCCUGGUGCUGCCAGGGUGAAGUAGUAGCGUGGUUAGUGCUUUUUUCCUGUGGGAUUUUUUUUUUUUUUUUUUUAACCUUCCCUAUCCCUUUUUUGGGGGAGAAAAUGGUCCCUUUUCCCACUCCCCCUCCCUGCUGGCACAAACUCCGCUGUGAGCAUUGUUAAGCAGUAGCAGCGUUUGGGACUCGGUGAGAUGCUUCCUUGCAGCCCUCCGAGCCGGCGGGAGCGUGACCCCGCGUGCACUGGGUGAAUCCAGCUCGGCAGCAGCUACUGUGCACCCGGCUGGAUGCAGUCACAGCCCCGUGGCUGCAGCGGGGGAGCAGUGGCGAUAGCUCCUCGCAUCCAAGCAGUAGGAGCGGCUGCAUAGCUUGAAGACAGAUUUCUCUUGCAGGAUCUGUUUAGUAGUGCAUGUCUAAAUAUGUCCAAGAGCCCCGAACUUGGCUUGCACUCGGCAUGCCAAGCAAAUGAAAGCAUCAGAGCACCAGAAGGGAACCUAAGACUGUACUAAACUGCCAUUUGCUACAAAAAUUGCAAACAAAGGAAAAAAAGUUUCCACAUGUCCCCCCCUUCUUAAAAAAUCAACAUAAAACCUAACUGGAGAGGGAGGUGGCUGAAGAGGCAGGUGCUUCCCAAUUCUUUUGGGAGUUUGUGACUGAAUUGGUCUGUUGGCAGCCCCUCGUCCCCUUGCAGGGCUGGGGGAGCAGCCCCUGCGCACAGAGCCCGCCCGACCUUCGCCAGGGUCUCACUCACAGGCGGGAGGUGCCAGCCUGGCUUCUAGGCUGAAAAGCAAGAUGAACAAGCCCUGGGGGAAAAAAAAAAACAAACAUGUCGUUGGCUGGGACUUGAGGUCAGUUUGAGGCAGUUAAGACGCUUCUCUCCUGGCUAGUUGGUUGCUCUGAUAUAUAUAUCACAUUGAGUGUAUUUAAAUGACUGUGUCUGACAGGCAAGUGCUACGUCAUGGACCCGAUUGUUUUUAAAUAGCUACAACCGGUGGCACUUUAUCAAAAGGUUUGCAGAAACCUUUUAAAACUGAUUUUUACUCUGAGUCAACCUGGGACAAGCCCAGUUAUUUUUUUCCAAUGUUGAUAAACUGUAAAUGGUUUUUUUUUUAAAGGCCAAUGUAUAUAUUUUAAAUGUGAUUUAUUAUAUAUAUUUACUAACCAGAAUUGCAAGUCUUGUACUCUAGAGUCAGGGAUAAGAGGACACUGGGGUGGAGCUGUUGCUGUCUGAGCCACCUGAGGGCAGCACCACGCUGCUCUCGUUGUCAAUAAGGGAAUUAAAACAUUUGAUUUUGCAGAAGAAUGCCUAUUUUUUAAGCUCUAGAUCUCUAUUUUGAAGCUACUGUAUGGUGUGUAAGUUAUGUACACUGCAACUGGGACUAACUGAUCCCAGCUGCACCUGCUCUGUGCAGCAAGACAGUGAGGGAAAAAAUUAGCCCAUGUAAUCACCAGACUGACAACAGAUUUUAAACCAUCUGCUCUGUUUGUGUUAAUCAUGUGUUUUGUUUUUCCACUAACAUCCAUUAAGACUAAAAUUAUUAAACAGCGGGGCAUA